AUGCUCUUCGACUCCACGUUAUGGCUCACUGAGAGACAAAAAUAUGGCGUCGCGUCCACCGCAGCCGGUGUCGUGUUUUUCCUCCUUGGCAUAGUGACGUUUUUUGAUUCUAGCUUGCUUGCCAUCGGCAACAUCUUGUUCAUAAUAGGUGUGGUGCUAAUCAUCGGACCCUCGAGAGCACUCUAUUUCUUUGCCCGCCCGACCAAAAUAAAACCCACGCUAUUUUUCUUUGGCGGCAUUGUCCUCAUUCUAAUGAAACACUCGUUCAUUGGGUUUGGCGUGGAGUCUGUUGGGAUAUUGUUUCUCUUCGGCGACUUUUUCGGAACCAUUGUGCUGUUUUUAAGGUCAUUCCCAAUUAUUGGUCCCAUCUUAAAACACCCUGCAAUUGAGCCCUACAUUAAUCGCGUGGCUGGCUUAGAUACCUUACCCGUAUGA